AUGGAGGGAAAUUUAUCGGUGUUCGAAACGUCGACUUGGGGCGCCGACAGCACGAGUCCACAGCCUCCAGAGGCGAGAACGCGAUCCUCAAUUCAAACAACUUCAAGUUCUGAUAACAGUUUGCUGGAUGACCGUAGAGUCCAGGUUAAAUCUAUCCGAGCCGUUAAAUUUGGACGUAUGUCAAAGAAGCAAAGGGAGAAGGUUGAGGAUGAGGUGAGGUUUCAUAGAGCGCAAAUGAGAGCAGCUUCAGAAACAGCACCAGAUAGCAGCGUCUUUGAACAUCAAACUCCAAGCAGUUCAGAUCAACAUCACUCUUAUAACGGCGGCUACACGUACGGGGGCAGUGAAUACGCAUCGCCUGGUCCUGGAACUGGAGGAUCUGGAUAUUACAAUCAUCAGGCAAUAACUAAUUACGAACUGAGUGCCGAUUACGUCGAUAGUACAACUGCUUACGAUCCAAGACCAACCCAACAAGUCGAUCCAGUUGCUCCUGACACACCUUCCGUUACGGCUACUGGAGUUAUGGCCAGUGUCGUCAACACAGGAAAAUCUUUGUCUGCAUCAACAACCGGGAGCGGCAACACCAGUGGAAAUAGUGCCGGAGCAGGAGGAGGAGGAGGUGGUGGUACUGGUGGUGGUGGUGGUGGUGGUGGUGGUGGCGGUAGUGGUGGUGGAGGAAGUAGUAGUGGUAAUAGUAGUAAUAAUAACGGUAACGGGAGUAACAGUAAUGGGGGUGGCGGUUCCGGAAGCGGAUCUAUAAGUGGCGGAGGAAUAGUUGCCGUAAAGCAAGAAACGACGAUUGAGCUUGCUAACCUUGGUCACGGCUCUUACACGAUGGUCGACUCAACGACGUUCCUCAGCAAUCAACAGCAGAGAGUCAACAAUCCUACGGAUGAUGACGAAGUUCAUAAUCUGCCCAGUAUGUCUCAUGCAAGAUAUUCAACAGAAAUAAAUGAGUUGUUAUCAAAAACGAUAGCAGAUGCUCAUUCGAGAACGUGUUUAGUCUCGACAGAUCAAAUUCAAGAGUUGUUUCACAAGCCUCAUGAUCUUUCCAAGCUGAUCUACUACAAAAAUAUGGCACAUGAACAAUUGUGGCUCGAGUGUGCACAAAAAUUGACUACAGUUAUCCAGCAAAUUAUUGAAUUUGCCAAAAUGAUCCCCGGAUUCAUGAAACUUUCACAGGAUGAUCAAAUUGUCCUUCUCAAAGCUGGUUCAUUUGAAUUGGCUGUGCUACGUAUGAGCAGGUACCUAGAUCUUACACAAAACUGUGUAUUGUACGGUGACACAAUGCUACCGCAGGAUGCCUUUUACACAACCGAUACAGCUGAGAUGAAACUUGUAUCCUGCGUAUUUGAACUUGCGAGAAGUGUUGCUGAGCUUAAACUUACUGAAACUGAACUUGCACUUUACAGUGCAGUAGUUCUUCUUAGUCCUGAUCGACCAGGUUUGAAAGGUCAAGCAGACAUCACAAAGCUAUCACAAGCAGUGAUCGCAGCCUUAAGGUCUCAACUAAAUCGAAAUCAUGUAGCGCCCAUCAAAGGUGAUGUAACGGUAUGCGACGCGAUGCUUGCAAAGAUACCCCAACUAAGAGAAAUCUCGCUUCUUCACAUGGAUGCUCUCGCUAAGUUCAAACGGUCACAGCCACAUCUAGAAUUUCCGGCCCUCCAUAAAGAAUUAUUCAGUGUCGAUAGCUGA